AACAUGAACGAUGUUUAUUGAACCAACUUGUCGAACUGUGAGAUAACUUACUGUUACUUUUUAUCGUCAUGGAGCAUUUAACUUAUUUUUAUUGAUAUUAAAAAUAUGUAAUGUAAAUAAUGUAAUGUCAAAUAUGACGAGGAUUAAAAAGCUUUCAUUAGAAGUGCAAUCAACUUUGAGAAGUGGAAUAUCUAUUGUUGAUGUAACUCAUUGUGUUAGUGAGCUGGUUCAGAACUCUUUAGAUGCAAAAGCAACCUCAAUUGCCAUUCGUAUUGAUUUGGAAAAUUUCAUUCUUCAAGUUAUUGACAAUGGACAGGGGCUGACAAAAGAAGAGCUUGACGUGCUUGGAGAAAGGUAUAUGACAAGUAAAUGCCGUUCAAUCAAAGAUUUGAAGAAAAAUCUCCCUUAUUAUGGUUUUCGUGGAGAGUCAAUUGCCAGUAUAAUAGAAGCUUGUAGUGUCCUAUUGAUUGUAUCCAAACCUGAAGGAUGUGAACAAACCUAUUCAAAGGUGUUCAGAGGCAAUAAAGAGAGAAACAAUGCAGUGGUCUCUACACACAACAGGUUGUGUACUGGAACCACAAUCGUUGUUAAGGGAUUCCUUCACAAUUUGCCUGUGAGAAGAGCAAGAAUACAGCCUGCCAUGGAGAUGGAAUCUGUCAGGCAUUGCUUGAUUGCUCUUUCCAUCAUAAAUCACAAGGUAUCGUUUACUCUAAGAAACGAUGUUACAAAGCUUGUGAUUUUACAAACUCAAGAGUUCAGUAGCUGUGAAGACGCUGUUAAUUAUCAUUGUAAUUUGAAAGAAAUUCAUGGCCUGAUAACUGUCACAUUGGAAGAAUAUCCAUUUACAGUAACUCUUCAUAUUAGCAAAGAAACUGAGCCAACUGGUAAUUUCAAAUUUAUUUAUGUAAAUGGAAGACUGGUAAAAAACAAGAGAAUUUACGAAGUAGCAAACAAACACCUAGCUAAGAGCUUUUCAAUGAGGAAUAUUGGGAAAGAAGUUAAAGGAAAUGAUGAUAAACCAAGAGAGAAAUCCUUUCCAGUGUUUGUUAUUCACAUUCAAUGUCCUUUUUCUGAGUAUGACAUUGUCGGUGAUCCAAGGAAAGUUAAAGUUGAAUUUAAAAAAUGGGAUGUUGUUGACAAGAGUCUAGAAAAUGUCAUAAGGAAAUUUGUAGUUUCCGAUAAUGCCUUAUAUGCCAUGCCAGAAGAAGGCGUUGAUACAGAACAGAAAACAGAACAUAAUCUAGAAGCUGCUAACAUUGCAAGUCAUGAUGAUCAUGUCGUCAAAUCAAAUGUUUUGUGUGGCAAAUCCGUCUCUAGACCAUGUCCUCUAGAAGACACUAUUGAAACAAACAACGAUGAAACCAUUAGAAACCCCGUGGUACCUGAAGAGUUAGAAAAUAAAACCAUGGGAAAUAAAGAACUUGCUGAUAUGUGUGAAAUCAAAUUGAACAGAGUGAAAAUGGUGUCUGACAGCAAUAAUCCUUCUUGUUGUCUUCAACUAGAGAAUAGUUGUAGAAAGGAAAACACUUCAUAUAAGGAAACCAUGGUAAAUUGUAAUGAAAGGAAUACAAAUUAUAUUAGUUUUGCCUCUGCUGAGACAGAAUUAGCUGUGUAUAACAAAUCAAAGGUCAAACAAAGACUUAAUGAUCAAGAUGCACACAUUAAUACAAAUACAAGUCAUACUACUAACGAGUCCAAUAACUACUGUAUAGAGUCAAAGGUCAAAAGUCGUGUUCAUUUUAAAGCUCCUAAAGCAUUUGGUGUCCGUAUUAAAAGAAAACAUUUAACAGACCAUAUUUUAACAGAAUCGGAAACAGAUGUUACUGUUGUAAAAAAGAAACGCCGCAAAGAUACUUUAGAAGGUAACCCAAGUGUAUUUAAUAAUGUUAGCCAAAAAUCAAUUGUACAUACAUCAGUCAAUAAUCGUUCAGUAAAAAAAUAUCUUACUGAGCACAUUCUGACAGAAUCUGAAAGUAAUUCAUUUUACAAAGCUCCAAGAGCAAAACCUACUUUCUUGAAGAAAAGUAAAUUAACUGAGCAUAUUUUAACAACUGAGCAGUCAGAGUCAGAAAUAUCUUCUGCAGUGAAAAUUACUUCCUCAUUCCCUUCAGAAGAACAAAAAGAUGUUCACAAUAAAAAUUCAAUUUUACCUAUUGUAUCACAUGACUUUUAUAAUGAUGCACUUAGGAAUAUGUGUCAAAUUCAAAACAUAUACGAUAGCUUGAUCAAACACUCUUGUAUAGAAACACCAAGAAAAACUCUGCAAGUCAAGUUAUCUAGAUCUCUAAAGAAAAUACCCAAAACAAAUGCCUUAAAGCUAACUCAAAAGCACACCUUAGAAUAUAUAGACAACCCCAAAUUCACUUGCAGUAAAGGAAUGAACUCUAACCUUCAUUCUAAAGAGUUAUCAUCUAUAUUCAAAUCAGACAAUCAAAUUAAUGAUCCAACGUCAAAAUUAGAUCCAGAAAGAGUUUGUAAACCAGAAGAAAAAAUAUCUCCAAAUAAAACAUUUCACUUUAAAUUAAAGGGCCGCAAAGAUACUUUAGAAGGUAACCCAAGUGUAUUUAAUAAUGUUAGCCAAAAAUCAAUUGUACAUACAUCAGUCAAUAAUCGUUCAGUAAAAAAAUAUCUUACUGAGCACAUUCUGACAGAAUCUGAAAGUAAUUCAUUUUACAAAGCUCCAAGAGCAAAACCUACUUUCUUGAAGAAAAGUAAAUUAACUGAGCAUAUUUUAACAACUGAGCAGUCAGAGUCAGAAAUAUCUUCUGCAGUGAAAAUUACUUCCUCAUUCCCUUCAGAAGAACAAAAAGAUGUUCACAAUAAAAAUUCAAUUUUACCUAUUGUAUCACAUGACUUUUAUAAUGAUGCACUUAGGAAUAUGUGUCAAAUUCAAAACAUAUACGAUAGCUUGAUCAAACACUCUCGUAUAGAAACACCAAGAAAAACUCUGCAAGUCAAGUUAUCUAGAUCUCUAAAGAAAAUACCCAAAACAAAUGCCUUAAAGCUAACUCAAAAGCACACCUUAGAAUAUAUAGACAACCACAAAUUCACUUGCAGUAAAGGAAUGAACUCUAACCUUCAUUCUAAAGAGUUAUCAUCUAUAUUCAAAUCAGACAAUCAAAUUAAUGAUCCAACGUCAAAAUUAGAUCCAGAAAGAGUUUUUAAACCAGAAGAAAAAAUAUCUCCAAAUAAAACAUUUUACUUAAAGGGCGCUAACAACAAAUAUGUGACAUCAGACAGAAAUAAACGUGGUUGGAAUUGGUUUAGCCAAACAUUUGGAAAUGUCAAAACUACUACAACAAGGAAAAAAAUAAGUGGCUUAAACUCCAUGAAAGCCCCGGCUAAGCCAUGCCUUCAAAUUAAACGUGUGAAAGCUUCCUCGAAUAUAGAAGGGGACAGUUUGACUAACAAAGUUAAGUUUUCAAAAACAACUAGACACCUGCCCAUGCCAAAGAAAAACAUUGAUAUUUCUACUUUGAAUCAAUGUAUCAAAGGUAAAAGCGAGAAACCUAAAAAUAAAACAGAAGAAGUGAAGAAGGCCUAUAAGAGCCUACAUGCAGAAACUCUUGUAUCCAACAUGCCGCAUCACAAUGACACUUAUACUGAAAUAAAACCUGAUUCAAUCAACUGUUGUUCCAAGAAAGGUAAGCUUGGUUCUAAUUACAACUAUUUGUCAAAUAAAAAACACCAUGAGCAAUUUGAAGAACUUCCUUUUGUUAGUAAAAAGAGCCAAACUUAUCACACAGUGAAUGAAUUUCCAUCCCCUGAUACAUUGUAUUCUACACCAACCAUAGCUUACAAUACGGGAAAGAAUGUACACUUCACAAGUGAUACUAAAAAUGAAACUCAGAGAUCAGGAUAUCUCAAUGAACCGCUGGAGUAUUUAGACACUUCAACAAAUAUUCCAUGCACAGUUGACAAACAAACUGAUUUUUCUCUGAUUCCAACAGUAUUUAACAGUUAUUCCCAAAAGUCUUUCAAUCCAAACCAUAGUUUUUGGACCAAAUCAACCCCUAUUAUGAAAUCCAAUGAAAGUUUUAAUUGCAAACCUACAGAUAAAGAUGGCUUUGCUCCUAGUUCCUGGAAAACCAGUUAUAGGUCUGAAAUUGCAAAUAAAUGUUUAAAAUCAAACCAUAAAUUUAAGUACAAUUUUUUCCAACCAGUCAAAGACUUUGCAGCAGAAGAAUCGAUUGAAAGCACACCCUUUAAAAGACCUAUUAACAAUAUAACUGCAUCACAUCAUGAUUUAUCAAAUGGUUUGAAAUACCAUGAAGAAAAAUAUCAUUGGUUUGCUCCAGAACAAUUUGGAAAGUCGCAACACAACAAAAACUACAGUGAAUCCAACCCCUUUGAAGUUGAUGGUAACAGAAUAAUUGAACAUUCAAAAUAUCAGUCUGCUGAAACUUUUGAUUCAAUUAUUAAACCUUCUAUUCAUUCUCAGAAAAACUUAAAAUCUUGUCCAUACAAUAGUAAGAGCAUCGACAGAAAUAUAGAUUGCGAUGAACAAAAAUCAUUUAAUUCCAAUACCAAGCCAACAUGUGAUAAGCAGCACAUUUUUGAGACUAAACUAAACCAAAGUCUCGAUAACACCAAGACCAACUGUACUACAGCGAGUAACAAAACAAUUCUUGAUGUCCCUCUGUUACACCAACAAACCAUGUUGGAAUCAGACAAUGUUUUUCAUUCAGAUAGUUUAAGGGAGGAAAGUAAAAAUAUUACCUCACCUAUUGACAAAACAACAGGAAAAUCCCCUUUAUGUGAAAAUGUUGAGAACAACAAACAGAUAAAUACCACAAACUGGAACAAGGAAAUUACAUCAAGUGGAAAAGUAUUCUACAUUAAUCACUUCACCGGAAUGUCUUCUUUUACAACUCCAUUGUUUAAGGAUUCGGAUAAGGCAUUCAAUAUGGAAAACCGACAUUGGUUCAUGCCAAAAGGUGUAUCCCCAAUGCUAAUUGCUAAUGAAAAUUUGAAGAAAAGUAAAAAACCUCUAUCAGAAGCUGAAAAAAGGGUUGUAGACAGCAUUAUUCAUGCUAACAAUGUUGAAUUGGCAUCCAUAAAAUGGAGGGAUGGUUCUUCAAAUACAAACAAAGGUUCCAAUGGAGUUUUCAACAUCAUGAAUGAAAAUGAAAAUUUAGCGAAUCAAAUAUUACCAUCAAUAGAGUUUAAAAAGCCUUGUGUGUUUUCAUCUGAAUCCCUCUCAGAAGCUGAGGUGUUGGGACAGGUGGAUAAAAAAUUUAUAGCUGCCCUCUUGCGGCCUAAUGGUAAAAACAACUUGGUUUUGGUAUUAUUCGAUCAACAUGCUGUGGAUGAGAGAAUAAAUUUAGAAUCUUUGAUAUCAGGAUACAAGUCAGAAGAUGGACUGGCUAGUCAUCCCGUAAACUAUAGCAUUGAAAUAAAUCUAUCUGUAACAGAAACCACAAUACUAAGAGAUCAUCUUACAAGAAUAUCAAAACUAGGACUGAACUUUAUGAUACAAGACAUUAAAGUGGUGGUGAUUAACAUACCAUUAUGUCUGGUCAAUCGCCUUAAAAGAGAGAAUGCCAACCAGGAGUGGCUGUGUAGCACUGUGACUGCCCUGGUGAAGCAGCUGUUGUCAUCAGUGCAGGACGGCUGCGGAGUGUUGCCUUCAAUGCCUCCACUCUUGUAUGAUAUCAUCAGCACUGAGGCCUGCCGAGGGUCAAUAAAGUUUGGAGAUGUUUUGAGCCUGGAUCGCUGCAGGCUUCUCAUUUCAAAGUUGGCUCUUUGCGAGACUCCAUUCCAGUGUGCUCAUGGUCGGCCUGUGCUCGCACCACUGGUUGAGGUGAAACAAGCAGGACCUGCGGUUGAAGCAACGAAUCUGAAGACACUCACUGAAAGGAUCCAUUUAAAAGAAAAUGACACAUCUAUCAAGUUCUAGUAAUAAGGAAGACUUAUCAUUUAAUGUUUCUAUGUAGACUAGUGGCAUUAUAUUUAAGUUAGGUUCUACAAGUUUAUUUUAAGGUUAAGUCAAAAACUAUGUAUCAGUUUCAGUUUUAUUUUUAAUAGUGGAAUAUUUUUGUGUUUAGUGUAAAAUCUAGUAGGCUAUGAUUUUGUGCAAACCUCAGUGAUUCUUUGACAAAUUAAUUAAAGUUUGAGU